GUGUGCCUAUAAGGACGGUCAAUAGACCCGGAUCACAGUUAUUAGGAGCAAACGGUCGUGAUGAUGGUCCCAAGAUUGCAUUUUACUUGAGCGAGGGAAUUAAUCAAAUUUCUUUGUUAGGAUGUGAUGCUCGAAGUUUUUGCCUAGGUGUUAGACUCGUAAAGCAACGUGUGAUUCAACAGAUUCUCAGCUUGAUUCCCAAAGAGCAAGAUGGUGAACCUUUUGAAGAUGCACUUGCCCGCAUUUGUCGGUCGAUUGGUGGUGGCAUGGCCAUGGCAAAUGAUGAUAGUGAUGAUGAUUUGGAAGUUAUUGCAGACUCUGUUGCAGUUAAUCUCCGUUGCCCUAUGAGUGGCGGUAGAAUCAAGACUGCAGGUAGAUUCAGAUCAUGUCAACACAUAGGUUGUUUUGAUCUUGAAACUUUUGUUCAGCUAAACCAACGUUCCAGGAAGUGGCAAUGUCCCAUUUGCCUGAAGAAUUACUGCUUGGAAGAUAUUAUCAUUGACCCUUAUAUUAAUCGCAUCACAAAUAUGAUGCAGGACUGUGGAGAAGAUGUAACUGAGAUUGAUGUGAAGCCUGAUGGUUCUUGGCGUGUAAAGGAUGGAUAUCAGUUCAAGAACCUUGGACAAUGGCACCUGCCAGAUGGAACUAUGUGUGUUGCCACUGUCGAAAUUGGUUCCAACUUGGAAGCCUCAGGGCAGAUGAGAAAGGAUGGUAUUACAGGCCAUAUUAAUACCAAACAAGUUACAAUGAGGAGCACUUCCUAUGAAAGUUAUGGAGAUGAUGGAGACCAGAGUAUCAGCAAGGAUGGCACUGGGCAUUUUGAUAUUUCUGCCAACAAUGGCCGUGAAAUCAAUUCUAUUUCGUACAACAUCAAUGCUACAGCUCAGACCAUGAACAUUAAUACUUGUGGGUCACCAGGGGAUAAUCUGGAUGUCAUUGUUCUCAGUGAUUCAGAAGAAGAGAACGCCAAUUUCACUUCUCUUGAAACUGUCUCCUUAACUCCAGCAGGUCUCUUCAACAGCAAUGACAAUGAUUUUGAGAUGUCUCACCUUGCAUUUGCUUCUGGUACUCGAGUAGGUUCUGAGUUCCAACUAUUUCAUACAGAUAGAGAUGCCUCAGACGCUUUAAUUGAUUUAGGGUACACUCCAGUUACCUCUUCUACACCAAGAGAUGGUUACACAUUGAAUUCUAAGUGCACUAUGGAUGCCGGAACAGAUGAUAGUAUGGUUGAUGUGGGCAACAAUCAUUGGAUAUCAAAUGGUAUUGGUGGUGAGAAUUUGACUUCUUUUGGGCUUGGCAGCAAUAGUGGUGGUGGUAAUGGUGAUGUCAGUGUUCAUGCUAAGCCUACACCCUCAAACCAGUUUGAAUCAAAUGAAGCUUCAGUACGUCCAGGUAUGAAUAAUGGUGCCAAGUCUAGUGGGACAACUAAUGGGAAAAGAUCCUCUGGCCCUUUUUCAUUUCCUCGCCAGCCACGGUCUGCUAGGCGUCCACAUCUCCCUUAGAUUCUGAAAUGAUUUACAAGGAUUUGAAGAUUAGCAGGAAAUCAAGUCAUGGUUUGGGCUCAGUUUUGGAGAAACCUUUCUGUGUUAGAAGGGAUUUUGUGUGCAUAUUUGAAGACCCUUUUGUGAUGACUUUUUGAUGUACCAUAUUAUGUGGUUCUGAUAUGUAGUCACAUAUUGGCCGUUUUGUACAUUUGGUCAGGACCUGUAAAUUGUAUAUUUCUUUUGCAUAUGAGAAUGGAUGAUGACUAAGAUAUUUGAUCUUAUUAUGAUGUAUGUUUUUGCUGCAAAUCAAAUAAACAAAUCAUAAACAGGAUCA